UUUCAAGAUGGCGACAUUCUUAGCAGUUCCGCUAAAACAAACAUAUGAAGUUGAUGUUGUAAAGCCAUUCCGAAGCUUUAUUCAGAACACUUUUAGCUCAGCAAACCCAGAUGAUUACAACACAGCGAUCAGUGAAUUCAGCAAACUGAGAAACUUGACAAUAACAAAAUCAGUUGACAAACACGAAUCGGCGCUGGAAGUUUUGUACAGGUAUUAUGACCAGCUGACUGCCAUUGAAAACAAACUUCCUGUAUCAGAAAACCAGAUUAGAAUACAGUUUAAGUGGAGGGAUGCGUUUGACAAGGACUCUUUCUUUGCUGGCAAAAAUACGUUGUCAAUUGCCUCCGGGGCCUAUGAGAAGGUGUGUGUGCUGUUUAACAUCGCGGCACUCAUGUCCCAGAUUGGGGAGGUCCAGAACCAUGAAAGUGAUGAAGGGCUGAAAACAUCGGCCAAAUACUUCCAGCAAGCGGCAGGUAUAUUUGGUCAGCUGAAGGACUCGUCCCUGUCCAUCUGUACCCAGGAUCCCACCCCAGACUUCGCCCCCGACACGCUAAAUGCCCUCGCUGCCCUCAUGUUGGCCCAGGGACAGGAGGCCAUAUACAGGAAGGCCGUAAUGGGCAUGAAGGAGGCAAUGGUGGUAAAGAUAGCGUUCCAAGCUCAGGAACUGUAUGCUGAUGCCAUGAAACUCAUGCAGCUCCCUUCACUGAAAGAACUCUGGCCAAGGGACUGGUUGCCGGUUGUUGCUACAAAGCAAGCAGCCUUCCAUGCGAUGGCUGAGUUCUACCAGGGAGUGGUGGCUCAGAAGGCUAAAAGUUACGGUGAACAGAUUUCCAGGCUUAGGCAUGCAAAGGAACUGAUGGCAGCAGCUGUCACACGAGGGGGGAUGAACUUCAAUUUCAAGAACGAGCAGGCCAAGAUACAACGUGAACUAGACGCUGCCCAGAAAGACAAUGAUUUUAUCUACCACGACAUCAUUCCUGAUGUUAAGACAUUACCUGGGCUAGGAAGGGCUGCUGUUUCUAAACCUUUGCCAGUGCCAUCAAAGUUCUCCUCUAGCUUUGUUGACCUGUUUGAAAAGAUUGUGCCCAUUCCUGUGUAUGAUGCCGUGAAUGUGUUUGAGGGUCGCAGGUCCCAGGUCACCAGCAUGGAGAUUGGCAGGCUACAGGAACAGACCAAUCUUAUGAACAGUGUCCUGACCUCUCUCAACCUGCCCGCGGCCCUGGAGGAUGCGGGAGGGGACAAGGUGCCCCAGUCGGUCCUGGACAAGGCCCAGCAGAUCCGAGACAUGGGAGGUAUGCAGUACUUGGAGAGACUCAUGUCUGAUCUGCCAGAGCUACUGACUAGGAACAGGGAAAUACUGGACGAGUGUAUCAGAAUGCUGGAUGAGGAGGAGAAAUCUGACAAACAAUUAAAGGAUCAGUUCAAAGAGAGAUGGACACGCACACCAAGUGCCCAGCUUACAAAACCAAUGAGAGAAGAGAGUGGGAAGUACAAGAACAUCCUUGAUACAGCCAUCAAUGCUGACAAGAUUGUACAGGACAAGUACGGGAACCACAGAAAUGCCAUAGCCCUACUGUCUAAACCUACACACGAAAUAGAGAAAGCCUUGCCCAGUGGAGGGGGUGGAAGUUCGGCCAGCAAUCCAGCUGCAAAGGAGCUCAGGAAAAUGAUGGAGGAGGUUGAGUCCAUAAAAGCUGAGAGGGAAGUCAUUGAGAGUGAACUACGAGAAGCCAAGUUUGACAUGGCCGGCAAGUUUAUGGCAGCUCUAUCAGCUGAUGGUCUGGUAAAUGAGGAGGCCCUGUCAUCAGAAGAGUUAGAUCGAGUAUAUGGGCCUCUCAGGCAACAGGUGGUCGACUCAUGCCAGAGACAGGAAAUGCUCAUGGCGAGGAUACAGAACACAAACACCCAGUUUACCCAGUCUAACGCAUCAAACCAGUCUGCGGCUCAAAGAGAAGCCAUGUUGAAAGACCUAGCAGCUGGAUAUGAUGGCUUUAUGGGGCUGAAGGGUAACCUAGAGGAAGGAACAAAGUUUUACAACGACCUGACCCCACUACUGCUGAAGCUGCAGAACAAGAUUGGAGACUUCUGUUUUGCACGGAAGACGGAGAAGGAGGAAUUGAUGUCCGACCUUCAGAAGACGAUUGCCCGUCAACCGUCUGGUCCACCGCCUGCUGCACCAACGUACCAGCAACCUGCGUCCACGAGACAGGAGCCACCCGCUCGACCACCACCACCAACUUUCUCAUCCGCUCCGUCACAACCACCACAAUCUAGUGUGCCAUCUUAUCCCGGUGCUCCAUCAGCCCCCAGUAGCAGCUCUCAACCAAAUGCACAGAACUAUGACUCUGCUACCACUUCCUCAUCUAGACAUGGUGGAGGCCAGGGCUGGGGCCAGCCGGCGUACAGUUACAGUCAGACGAUGCCUCCCAUGCCAUCCGGCUACAGCUCCUAUAACCCGUACAUGGGCGGAUACCCUCAACACCAAGCUUACCCCCCAGCACCAGGAAACCAGCCCCCAUAUCCUACACAGGGAGGUCCCCCACCCUCUCAACAGGGCUACCCUGCCCCUCCAUACCCCAACCAGGGAUAUCCCUAUCCCACCGCCCCCGGUUACCCCCAGCAACCACCACAGUGGCGAUGAGCGCUAUAGGGCGUGGGUUUCUGUGAUAAGGAUUGACAGUGUAUAGUCAGGCAGUGUUUUUCAUCCUGUGAUUUUGUGUGUGCAAAUCUCUUUGAAAAAGAUAAAAGCUGUAUCAGCAACUCUUUGAUUUAGUGAUUUUCUACAAUAUUUCAAUUUGCUCGGCUAAAGAUAUCAGGAUUGUUUCCAUCCUUGAAUUUUUUGUUCCCUGUAAGUUAUAAAUGAAAUCAACUAAACAAAAUCUACAGAAAAUUCAAUAAUUAUUCAUGAUACACAAGUUUUAGAACAAACCUAGUAUGAAUGGUAAUGCAUUACUUACAAGAACAAAGUGUGUGUUUGUUUUCUUAACCAUAAUAUACAUGAACUUUUCACUUACUACAAUUACCUGAUCCAUUAUCAGUCAAUCAUGAUCAAGUGUUUUAUCAUCAUCUUUGUUGGUUGCGCCAUUUUAUGCAUGUUUGGUUUGACCUGUAGUUCUUCAACUUCAUGUAUGAAAACAGUACCUUGAUUUGGAACAUACCCUCACAAUGUCUUACAUAUAAGAAUGGAAAUUAUGUAUUUAAAUAGUUAUUGACGCGUUCAUGUUAGUUUAAGUGCAAUGAUAUGUCUUGGUAGUCAUCAGUAAUUUAAGUUUUGAACAGUGAUUGAGGGCUGUAUAUAGAGUUAAACCCAUCUGGCGCUGAGUCAUUAAACUGCAAAAUUGUUUUUUUUACUUAUUUAUUAUACAAACUCUCAACAGUUAUAACCAGAGGCAAACUGGUUGAAAUUGUACAACGUAUAUUGCUUUUAAGACUGUAAAUUUCUUUCAUGCGGCUUUCAUAAUUAUAUACUUUGUAUGCGAAAAAAUAGCAGAGACUUGCUAUAUGAAACAUAUAAUUUAUGAAAUAUAUUCUCAUAAAAUCAUGCAUAAUGAAAAUCCGCGAUGAUGUUAUGGUACUUGAAAUGUUUGAAUGAACACCGUCCAUGCUGUGUUGUUAGUUUAUUUUCUAUCUAUGACCUAUUAUACAUGAAAUAAUGGGCUGAUUGUUCAGAACUUUAUUAAAGUUAACAAGCUUCAUUGUUGUUAACUUUCAAAGGUGUACUUUAAAUGAUGUGCUCAUAUUUUAGUUGAACAAGGACAGCUGAAUCAGUUGUUGAUAACCUGUAGUACAGAUUUGAAAGUUAACAACGAGGACAUUAACAACAUUGUUGACUUUAACAAUGUUUCGAGCAUUUCACCUGUAGUAUGGUAUUGUUUGUAAUUAUGUCAUCGGCUAUUGGUGAGUUAACAGUUUGACCUCAUGGGGAUCUGAACAAGUAUUUGAAUAACUGUCCCUUAAGUCUUGGUUGUUUACCCCAAAGUUGUAGUAUGUCCCAAAACUUGUGUUGAGAAUUUGAUGUUAAGUUAAAUUUAGCUAUGUGAAAUACACUGUCACUGUAAAACUCUUCAUUGAAAUUGUUGCCUUUUAUCUUAUCUAUACAAAAAUUGAAUUUUCAUUUAUAAUUUGAUAAAAUUUAGGUAUAAUUUUGUACUGGUUUCCUCUUUUUCUUACAAUUUUGCAAGAUGAUAUCCCAGUAUAUAGAGAAGAGCGGAGUAAAAAAAAAGUAGAAUAUCUAGUGUUUAAAUUAGACUUCUUAAAAUACACAAUAAAAAGACACAUUCAGAAAUGAUAAUGCAAUGUUGUAGGUUCUUGAGCAACAGGAACUAUUUAUUUUCUUGCAUCUUCCCCUUGAGAGUCAAGAGCCGAAUUCAUGACGGAAUUCAUGUGGAUAUCUUACAUUCUGUUUAAAGAAUGCUGUUUAUGAUAACUAAGUGCAUAGAGGGAUGUAAAGUAUUUGUAUUGAACCAAAUACAUUGUUGUUUGUUAAAUGUUUGUUAAAUGAUGUAAUCAGUGCAUGCGCUGUACACUGCACUUCUUUGUUUUGCACGUUUACGUGUGACGGUUUGUGAGUUAUUUAAUAUCAUUAAUCAAACUGUCAUCUUGAAGGUUAUUAAGCGUUUCUUGCAUUUAGAGUGCAUUAGUUAGACCAGACAAAAAACAUAGUUCUUUAACUAUUCAUAUCAAAUUUAUUUUUGUUGAUCCCAUUUUAGGAAAAUUAAAGAUUAAUUGUGUUUGAUUUAAAUAUAUGUAUGGAAAAACAUCAUGGUCACUUAAGAAAUGUAAUAUUAACAAAUACCUUGCUGUCCAGUUUGUUCAUAUUCCUUAUAAUAAAUAUUAAGCUAUUCCUAAUUGUUACUUAAAUGUAUUUUUUCUUUGUUUUAUUUCUCAUUUAUGCAUUCAAGUGAAACAAUUGAAAAUGUGUUUGUUAUUAUACGACUGAUGAAUGAUUAUGUAGUCAUAUGUAACCAAUGAUUAUUUUGUAUUGUGAAAGUCUUUUAAUUGUUAAAUAAAGUGCACAUAUUCUUUA